CUUCAAUUAGAGGCCGCCGCGAGUCUCAAGAGACAUUAGCAACUGUCAGUGCAGUUUCAAGGUCUUCUGCGGCGACCAUACACCAGAGUCAUCGUCGUUCAUCUGAUACGAAUAAUGAGUCGGGUUUAUCGACUUCUGAAUGGGUUAUAACCCCUCCCACUCGCACAGUUACAUAUUUCUGGUCACAUUUAUACUCAAUGUCAGACAUUAGAGCGAUAGUUCGCUUUGUCGUCGUCAUCUUCAGCCACCUCAUGGGAAUUUGGACGGCACUCUCAGUCAACAUAACUUCCGGACGGUCAGACGACGCCCUCCCGUCGCUCAACGACGACAGCUACCCAAUCAUGGUCGUCCAAGUAGCCGCAUCAAUGCUGUCUCCGCUACUAUUCACCGUCGUGUCGACCAAGGAAGACACGACAACGCUUCGACAGAAGUUGACCUCCUUUUAUUAUGUCUUACUUGGGUCGGAGUCCUGAUGUCGCUUGUGUCUCUCCUGCUCUACUCGUUCUGGCCUUCAGGCUACCGCGUAACUAACAUUACUAUACUUGCAAGCCUUAUGUUCGGUGUCCUCGGCAGCUGGCAGUUCUUGGAGAAGUCUUAGAAGAAGACAUCGUCGAUGAAUGAGGACAUAGAGUUGGGCCUGCGAGAAGCUUGAUGCAUUCUAUAGUACACCAUACUACUCAGCUUAUGCUAGUUUACUUUGUUUUCUUCGCUUCUAGGUAGGGACAGGUUCAGCGCGGAAACAUAGUGAGGGUUCUAGAAGGUUUAUUGGGAUUGGAUAGGGGGUAGGUAAAUGAUAUAGGUAUGGGCACGUGAUAUAUUUUGGCUGGGUUUAAAAUACUUGUAAGGUAGGUUAUGUUGCUGGCGGCGAAA